AUGAGAUCUUUGGCCGAAUCAACGUCUGACUGGUCGCGCAGAGCUCGAUGGCAAGAAACGAUCAAGCAUAGUUCCAGCCUUUCCGACCUCCAGCGAGCCGUCAAGUUCAGCGGUCCCGACAGUCCAUGCGUGUCAGGAUGCAGAUCUGUAUGCUGGAAGGUAUUUCUGCUAGGCCAUGGGUCUGAUACGAAGAAUUGGUCCCAUGCAUUGCUAGAAUCCCGAAGCACCUACGCUUCCCUCAGAGAUCAUUUCUUAAAGUACAUCAAACACCCGGAACAUUUGGCAAACGUAGACAGUGAUCCGCUCGCGGACAAUCCUGACUCACCAUGGAACACAUUAAGGCAAGAUGAAGCUCUGCGAGCAGAGAUUCUGCAAGACGUGCAGCGCUUGCCAGAUGAGCCAUUCUACCACGAACCCCGUACCCAAACUCUCAUUCUUGACAUUCUAUUCAUUUACUGCAAGCUCAAUCCAGACGUUGGCGGUUACCGACAGGGGAUGCAUGAGCUUCUUGCGCCUGUAGCUUACGUGCUGGAACAAGAUGCCAUUGAUCCCAAUGGCACGGCGAUUGGGGGUGCUGCUGAUCUGACGAUGGUGGAGAUGCUAGAUGCGAAUUUUAUCGAGCAUGAUGCUUUUGCACUCUUUUCCAAGCUCAUGGAGCGUGCGAAAUUCUUUUAUGAGACAAGCGACGACUCGAAGAUCAGUCAGUCAACCAUUGUAGAAAAGAGUCAACACAUCCACGAAGUCCUGUUGUACAAGGUCGACCCUGACCUCUCGAGUCACUUGAAAAACAUUGAAGUACUCCCGCAAAUCUUUCUGAUCCGCUGGAUCCGACUGCUUUUUUCUCGCGAGUUUCCUUUCGACCAGAUGCUGGCUCUUUGGGAUACCCUUUUUUCCAUCGAUCCGUCACUGGAUCUCGUAGACUUGAUUUGCACAGCUAUGCUUCUCAGAAUACGCUGGGAAUUACUUGAGGCGGACUACUCUACUGCUCUACAAUUACUGCUCAAGUACCCAGCUCCUCAGGCUCAUCACGGGCCGCAUACUUUCAUCGACGAUGCCGCGUAUCUCAGAACUCACCUCAACACUGAUGGAGGCUCCACGCUAGUCAUGAAAUAUACAGGUAAAAUACCUGAAACCGCUGAGAAUUCUCGGCCAACAACGCCAAGAGCAUCGGGCUUCGAAGCACGGCACAACGCUCGAGGGGCAAGAUCACCGCUCUCGCCGUCACGCUUGCCGACUCGCUUCCUCCAACAACAGGGCGGCGUAGAAGCACUAUUCCAAGGAGCAGCUAAGGGCAUCCUUGAAAGGAGUGAGAAACUAGGUGUGAACCAAGCAGUGCGUGACGCUUUAGUCGAGAUCCGACGCAACGUCAGCGAGGCUAGGAGCACGAUGAAGGCAAACAGCCGUGAUCUCUUCUCGGAGCCCGGCCCAAACACGAUAGCGAUGCAGGCCGUCGACGCCCUGGACCGAAGGAACAAACAACUAGCAGCGAUUUUAGAUGAGAGUUUGGAGAAUCUUAGGGCCCUAGUGUCAUCAGAUAUGGAGGACAAGAAGAAACAUGCCGAGGCACUAGAAAUAGCGGUGGCCAAGAUUCAAUUUGUUAAAGUCUACCUGGAAGACUCCACGGUAGCGCUACCGGAAGGUGAACGGCUAGCAAGCGAAGUGCCAGCAGAGGUUUCGCCAGGGCGCACAGAGCCUUAUCUGCCUACUGACGCCGUCUCAGCGAUGGCCAUUGGCACUCCUAGAACAGAAGAAGACCCCCAUGAGCAAGGAACAGGCCAGGCCUCUGCAUCUACCCUGGUAGCGGAAGCAGCGGAAGCCGAACAAGCCAAUGCUCCGGACGCCAUGGACACCGACCCGCCAUCGACCUCCCGAACCGCGACACCCACCCAAGCGGCGUCCCUCCAGAGGCCGCACGCCCCAAUACCGACGCGCUCGACCCUGGCGCAGUCCUCCUUUGCCUGGAUGCUCGAGCCAGACCAGUCGGCAUCCUCGGCUACCGCUCAGAAGCCGUCGGCCUUCGAGUCGUCAUCAUCACCAUCGUCGUCGUCGUCGUCUUCCAAGCCGAGGCCGGCCAACAAGCACCACAAAAAGCCAUCCGCAAACGCCAAUCGCGAGAAGACGGCCUUCCUUUUCGGUGAGGUGCCCUCGGGUGCUGACGAUGGCAAGGGAGUCCUCCCAGAGGAUAUCUUUGGCUUACAGCCAAUGGGAAAGAGCAAGGAAAGAGGGAGGCUGUGGGACGAUUGA